AUGAUUAAUAGAAAGUCUUCUCUUUCUAAUGCAGAGUCUGCUGUGAUGGGGGAGAGGGGGUUGCUCAUCCUUCUGCUUGCAGGAUAUUGCGUGCCUUCUACCAACCAGAUCAGAAAACAUGUGUUUGUGGAAACUGUGAAGAGCUGGUCUGAAGCGCAGAGCUACUGUAGAGAGAAGCACACAGACCUGGCCACUAUGCGCAGCCAGGAAGAAGCAGAGCAAAUCUUAAAACUUACAGAAGAUUCUUUCAAUGAUGCUGCCUGGAUCGGGCUGUAUCGUGAUGACACACAGAACUGGAAGUGGUCUAACAGCGAUGAUGUCAUCUACUCCAACUGGACGGCAGACCUCUUCUGUGCUUCAGUCAAUUCAAUGGGAGAGUGGGACGACAGACUCUGCAAUGAGAUUAAAGCUUUCAUGUGCUACGCUGAGACCAUCAACAUAACUGAGAGAUACACUCUGAUUGAAGAACCGAAAACCUGGACUGCAGCUCAGCAGUACUGUAGAGAACACCACACCGACCUCGUCAGUAUAAAGAACGGCAGUGAAAAUGAAGACCUAGUGAAGAAAGCGCAGGGCAAGCCCUUCUGGAUAGGUCUGUUCAAUGAGCCCUGGAAGUGGUCACGCCAGGGGGAUAACUACACGUUUCACAACUGGAACAGAGAGGAACCAAACAAUUUUGAAGGCAAAGAGAAAUGUGUUGCGAUAGGUCUAUGGGAUAGUUUGCAUCUACUCAGAGGUGAAUGGAAUGAUGUGGAUUGCAGCAGGAUGCUCCCCUUCUUCUGCUGUGAAGAAGCAGAAUCCUCAAGCCCUCCUUCCACUCCGGUCUCUCGAGAAGCAGAAGCCUCAAGCCCCCCCUCUACUCCAGUCUCUCAAGAUUCCAAAUCGUCAAGGCUUCCUUCAAAACCAGCUACUACAGAUCUACAGGACCCCUCCACUGUUCAGUCUGACUCUCAGAGCUCUCCAACCACCGAGCCAGCCGCUUCCCAAACACCAGAUGGAGGGGAGCAAUCCCAGCAGCCUUCCACGAUGGGCAGCACCUCUCCUCGAGUCAGCUCCCCUGGCACUUCACCUGCAGGAACAGCCACUCCAGUCCCUGAGGAGCUCCACCUGAUCUCUCACAGUAUGGUCUGGCCGGAGGCUUGGCAGUACUGCAGGGAUCACUACACUGACCUAGUGAGCCUCACAAGCCUGGCUGCACAGAACAGAGUGUCGGGGCUCGUCAGGAACAGCACUGCAUUGCGAUUCUGGAUCGGCCUGCACAGAACCGUUGUGUAUGAUAACUGGUACUGGGUUGCUGGUAAGGAUAAGAGGGCCCCCCUAAACUACACUAACUGGGCCCCUGGGGAACCCAACAAUCCUUACUAUGAGCACUGCGGGGAGAUGGUGCUGGGGGAGGAUGGGGGGGCUGAGUGGAAUGACCUGUGCUGCUAUGAAAAGCUCCCCUUUAUCUGUUUAGAUUAGAAACACCUUUAAAAGGUAUCAUAGCAGCGGUUCUUAAACAAUCUAUAGUUUAGUCACUUUAGUCUAAAAAAGAAGCAAUUUACUAAAAAAAUAUAAAAAUAUCUGAAUCUAAAUUUUGCUGUAUAAACAUGAUGUGUGAAUAUUAAAGCAAAGUAAAAUCUUUUACAGAGUUUGGCAGUGUCAAAGUUCUGUAGAUGAUAAUAAUUUGUAGCCAUCUUAUAGGGGCAAUAAUUACUUAUAAAAGACUUAUUGAGGCUGAUUGUGAGAAAGUGAGGUGGGGAAGCAUAGUACUGUUGCACAGGCUUCAGUGCACAAUGCUUGUCUUAUGGUCUUUAUUGCACAGUGCAACACUAAUAUAAUUCCCCUCUUCACCUCCUUACAAUCAGCAUUGAGGAGUCUUUUCAGAAGCUGUUGUGCUCCGCUUGUUUUUUUUAAUUCAGGAUAUGCAGCUAUUUAAAAUGCCAGGCUGUAGAUAAACUGCUGCAUCCUGGUACCUGUGCUGUGGGUCACUGGGUUUGAUUGAGGCUGGACCAUUGGAGAGAGUUUGAACUGCAAUACAUGAACUGACCAGCUACCAGGAAGCAACAGCAACUUGGUUUAAAUUAUUAUUAUUAUUAUUAUUAUUAUUAU